AUGGCUGUCGAUUGGACCAUUGUGGAUGAGAUCCGUCUAUUUAGAUGGAUUUCCGAAUUUAAGCCAGCGGGGAUUCAUAAGCAUUUUAAUAUGAUUUGUAUUGUAGAGAGAAUGAAUCGCCCAGAUAAGUAUCCAGUGACGUUAUUACAAAAGGAGCAUGUGAAAGUAGGGAAACUAUUUACUGCCCAGGAUAUAUGGGACAGAUUGAGUCGAUAUUACAAUUUGAAAGAGCUUGAUGCAAUGGAAAAUAAUAUUCCUGACGAAAAAGUUACCUCCACUAAUAAUGAUCCGAUGGAAGAAAGGCCCGGGGAAGGUGGAGGAAUACUCAAUGAUAUCAAUCAUAACAGUAACAUAGAUGAGGAGUAUCAUGAAGGUGAUAGUGGUUCAAAUGAAGAAGACAUGGCUCUCCUUAAAUUAAGAUACAAAAUGCAACGUCAAACUCGAGAUUUUGCUCUACCAUGGGGUGAAUAUGGAGAACUAAUAUUAGCUAAUGCAAAGAAGGGAGCCAUAUCAGAGGGAGAUAAUGAACAAGAGAAUGAGCAAGAGCUUAAGAUAAUACAGGGAACACCCAAGCUAGAAGGGUCUAUUGAAACGACCGCUGAACUGCCGACAACCAGUGAAGGGAAAGAAACCACUAAGGAACUUUCCGAAGUGGUAUCAACUAGUGAUGAGAAAAGUUCUACGACUUCUUCCACUGAAUUGAAGAGAACCGGGCCACGUAUACGAAAAUCGGUACGUAUCCAUAAGCCUGCGGCACCUGUAUUAGACGAAGAGGUUAAAAAUGCUGCAAAGGAAAUCAAACAAACCGAAAACGACUCAGAUAAUAGAGGUGAUACAAGUAGAACUAGAGUUGAGCAAGAAGAUGUCGAGGUCAUCGGAGUUGAACAAAAAGAGGUUGAAAACGAUGAAGAAGAGGAUGAUCAUGAAAAGGACACUUUGGUGACGAAGGAGGAAGAGACAGAGGAAAACGAAAAGGAGGAAGAGGGGACUAGAGACAAUGCAGAAGAGGAGGAGGAGGAAGAAGAGGGGGAGGAAGAGGAAGCACCUAUUGUUGAAACUAAUAGAAAAGAACCUGAAGAGGAAAAAACUCCAAAGAAAAGAGGACGUCGGUCGUCUAUCUUAAAAGAAGAACCCAUUGGGAGAAGGACGAGACAUUCUUCUGCAAAUACGUCAUUGGCGGAGAUAGACACUUCUCCCAAGAGGAAGAAAAGGAAAUAUGAAAAGCAUACUGAGCCACCUAGGCGGGUUUCUAGUCGGUUGCGUAACAAAAAAUGA